UGGGGGGCAGGGCAAGCUCCCUGCAGAAGCACUGGGCAAGUGAGUGACUAUGGGCUUGUGGGAGAGUCUGUCUGUCACCUGAGACCUGACAGUAACCUGCAGGGCAGCCUCAGGAAAGUGCUGGGACCAGGGCCACGCACUGCACAGUCUGAGGCCCCUUCUGUAAUGCAGGCGGAGGCUGGUUGCUCAUACUAUUGACCUUUUCCAGUUAGUAUUGAGGUAGGACAUGUGGGGGCUGACUGGCUUUGUGGGCCUGACCCACCCCCAAAAUUACAGCCUUAGAGUUGCCUCUCGGUGGAUUUAGCAUCAGAACCUCCAUUGCAGUGUCUGGUACUGGUAGUUUAGCAUCAAGGGCAGCUGCUUUACCCAGGAGCUGCUCUCUGUGGAUUUCCUCUUCUCCCAUGGUCCCAGACCUAGCUCUCAGGUGCAGGCCCAGCCACAGCUGUUCUGACUUACCUCCCUGGAGAAGCCCCUGCUACUCUGAAUAGGGCAGUCUGGGCCCCACAUUCUCCAACCAGCCCCAGUCACAUUACAUUCUUGUCAACUGCAGCCCCUGCUGACAACCGUGAGCUGCCCGUUUCAGGAACCAGGCCAUUAGUGGGCUCUCCCAGACUAGGUUGUGGUGGCCCGGAGAAUUCUUCCUCACUUGUGACUGACAGGGUCUCCAGGCUAGGUCCAGAUGGUGCUCCUCUGUCAUGAAGCAGGGUAGGUCACAUCUCUGUCUCAUGAAGGUCUUCCCAGCACUAACUCAACCGCCUGGAGCUCUUCAUAGCCGGGAAGCUAAGCAACCGUACCUCAUGGGGCCAGCAGAGGGCACACUGCUCCACCAGACUCCUCAGUUCCUCAGUUUCGUCGUUCAAGACACUACACACAGUACCAGGGCUUUGUGGUCAUCCACGGCACGGACACCAUGGCCUUCGCCGCCUCGGUGCUUUCUUUCAUGUUGGAAAACCUGCAGAAACCAGUCGUCCUCACUGGUGCCCAGGUACCUAUCCACGCACUGUGGAACGAUGGCCGUGAGAACCUGCUGGGGGCCCUGCUCAUGGCUGGCCAGUACAUCAUUCCUGAGGUCUGCCUAUUCUUCCAGAAUCAGCUCUUUCGGGGCAAUCGGACAACCAAGGUGGACGCUCGGAGGUUUGCAGCCUUCUGCUCCCCCAACCUCCCGCCUCUGGCCACUGUGGGUGCAGAUGUUACAAUCAACCGCGAGUUGGUACGGAAGGCCAGCCGGAAGGACCAUCUGGUGGUGCACAGCAGUAUGGAGCGUGGUGUGGGCCUGCUGCGCCUUUAUCCUGGGAUUCCCGCCUCCCUGGUCCGGACCUUCCUGCAGCCCCCACUGAAAGGGGUGGUCAUGGAAACCUUCGGCUCUGGGAAUGGGCCCACCAAGCCAGACCUACUGCAGGAGCUGCGGGUGGCAUCUGAACAAGGCCUGAUCAUUGUCAACUGUACCCAUUGCCUUCAGGGGGCUGUGACUUCGGACUAUGCAUCUGGCAUGGCCAUGGCAGGAGCUGGCAUUGUCUCAGGCUUCGACAUGACAUCAGAGGCUGCCCUGGCCAAACUGUCCUAUGUGCUAGGCCAGCCAGGGUUGAGCCUGGAUGACCGGAAGAAGCUGCUGGCCAAGAAUCUUCGUGGGGAGAUGACGCUGCCUGAAACAGAUGAGCACCAGUCCUUGCUGCAAGAUGGCAUGUUGGGCUGCAGGGUAUCGUGGCUUCUCAGUCUGAAUGGCAGCCAGGAGGCUGAUGCCAUGCAGGAUGUCCUGAUGUCCAGCCUGGCCCUGGCUGCAGCUCACGCUGGUGACCUAGACACUCUGCAGGCCUUUGUGGAGCAGGGCAGAGACCUCAGCCUGAAGGACUGCAGUGGUCAGACCCCACUGCAUGUGGCUGCACGGAGAGGCCAUGCCUCGGUGGUCACUAUGUUGCUGCAGAAGGCUGUGGAUGUGAAUGCCCACAAUGAAGAUGGCCAUAGCCCACUCCUGCUGGCCGUGAGGGGCAGGCAUCAGGACGUCAUUCGGCUGCUGCGGGCCGCUGGGGCUUGCCUAUCUCCCCAGGAGCUGGAGGACGUUGGAACCGAACUGUGCAGGCUGGCAUCCAGGGCGGACAGCGAAGGCCUGAGGGCAUGGUGGCAGGCUGGGGCUGACCUAGAACAGCUGGACUAUGAUGGACAUUGUGCUCUGGAAGUACUGGAUCUUGGGCCCUGGUAUCCCAGAGCCGGUUCUGCAGACAGCCUGAGGAAGUGGAGGUGGACAGAUGCGUUGUCCAGAGCCUUCCGUGGGGCUCUGGAGGAGCACAGUAUGAUGGAGAUACAAGCUGCUGGCGCUUCAUGCAGACCUUCACCCUACCCAGUCUUGGGCUGGGUGAGUGGGAGGGCCUAGACCCCCCAGUCGACAUCCAUUCCCAUCACACUGUUUGGCAGCCCUGGAGUUUUGAGACUGGCUGGACUACCCCUGUCUCCUGGGAAUGGCUGGACUCUAUACACAGAGCACUUGGCGGGAGAGGAAGCUCUGCCUCCGGACAUAUCCUCUGUACAUGGUCCUCUAUACAUCCUCAGCAGACCUUGUUUCCCGGAAGUCCUCCUUGGCUCUCAGCCUGUCUGUCAUCCUGCUGCAGUGCCAGGUGUCCCUCAGGCACAUACCAGCCGCUUCUGCUAAACUGCUUCCCAGCCUGUCAGCGUGACAAAAUCUGGAGGUCUCUGUUGAGCAGAAUGUCAAUAAAGU